AUGCCUCAACGGUCGUGUCGGCCUGAUCCUACGUCGCCUGGAGCGCCUACGGCGCCAAAGCGACGCGCUUCAGCCAGGCUGUCCGCUGGCGAACCAGGGGUCAAACGGGUCAAGUCAAACGUUGAGCUGUCCCUUCACCAGGCAAAGUCCACGGCCAGCAAAAGCAAGUACUUCGAGCCCGAAGACUCGGACGAGCCUGACACGGACUCCGAUGCCUCUGUGGGGGAAUCCUCUGGCUCUGUGUACGAGGAACCAAAGGAGGAAUCCCCGGCCGACGAAGUGGAGCCGGAAGAAUUCUCCGACACCGACGAGGACGCUAAGAAGAAAUUCAGCGCGAGGGGGAAGCAACGACAAAGCGCUAGCAGCGGAAACGACAGCAUCAAAGGCAAAGAGCUCUGGCGCGAAGGCGUUAGAGCGGGUCUGGAGCCCGGGCAAGAAGUUAUCAUCGCUAAGCCCAAGGCCCGAGACGCGGGGAAAACCCCGUACCAGGAUGAGACGCUGCAUCCCAAUACCAGACUGUUUUUGAUCGAUCUGGCUGGUAAUAAUGACCGCCAAUGGCUAAAAGGUGAGGUCGCACACACACCCCGGUUAUCAAGUUGCUGGCUGAUUUGCGUAGCGCAUGAUGCGGAUUAUCGCGCGGCAAAGAAGGACUUCGAGACAUUCGUGGGUUCCCUCACACCGAAGAUUGUAGAGGUAGACACUACAAUUCCCGAACUUCCUGUGAAGGACCUGGUAGGCUUGAGAAUAUUCCUGUCUUCCGUCUUGUCCCCAGCGCUCACGAAAGUUUGCUCCAGGUAA